GGAAGGUCAAAGUCAGGACAUCGCACCAGUAUUUUUAGAACAACCUUCUCUUUGUGAUAGAGCUGAAAGAGUGGCUGAACCUCUGCCUCAGGGUGGUGUGUCUUUUGAGGAAGUGGCCGUGCAUUUCUCCAAGGAGGAGUGGUCUCAACUGGAUCCUGCCCAAAAAGCUCUCCAUGGGGAAGUUAUGCUGGAGAAUUCCAGAAAUCUGGCCUCUCUGGGCUAUAAUGGGCAUGGGAAUAAAAAUUGUAAGGAACAAUGUGAACCGGUCGAUCCAAACGAGCAAAACAUGAAUUUUGCAGAUCAGAUGCAAACAAAGAUUGAUGAAACAAACCAAUCCCAAAGUGAAGUUGAAAAAAGAUUUCCUUCUGCCCGUCGUCUUCUUGGCCAUACAAUCAUCAAUAUGAGAGAAAUACCAUAUCAACGCAUGGAUUAUGAAAAGAGCUUUAAUAAACAUGAGCAUUUAAUUCCCCAUAAAGAGACACAUUCAGAAGACAAACAAUAUACCUGCAUGGAAUUUGGAAAGACCUUCUGUUAUUAUGACUCUUUUACACUCCAUCAAAGGAAUCACAACAGAGAAAGACCUUAUAAGUGCAUGGAGUGUGGAAAGGCCUUUAGUUGUAGCAGUCGUCUUAAUUUCCACAGGAGGAUCCACACAGGAGAGAAACCAUAUCAGUGUCUUGAAUGUGGAAAGAGUUUUAGGUGGAAUUGUCGUCUUACGUCCCAUAAAAUGAUCCACACAGGAGAGAAGCCAUAUAAAUGUAUGGAAUGUGGAAAAGACUUUAGAGAGAACUUUGCUCUUACUUCCCAUAAAAGGAUCCACACAGGAGAGAAGCCUUAUCAAUGCAUGGAGUGUGGAAAGGCCUUUAGGUGUAGCAGUAGUCUUAAUUCCCACAGGGUGAUCCACAAAGGAGAGAAACCAUAUCAAUGUCUUGAAUGUGGAAAGAGUUUUAGGUGGAAUUGUCGUCUUACGUCCCAUAAAAUGAUCCAUACAGGAAAAAAACCUUAUGAACACAUAGAGUGUGGAAAGAGCUUUUCAAGAAGCUCUUACUUUUUUAUCCUCUGGAAUGGCCAGGAGGUUCAUGGGGUUCUGCUGCCCUCAGUCUUGGUCCAUUUUGGAGCUGUAUUAGAGACCAGCGAGAAGAUGGAGGGACAAGGCUGUCGCACUGCUCAGCCUUGGAGCAAUGGGAAGAAUGGGGCAAGCCCUGGGCAGAAGAGCCAAGAAGAGGAAGUCAGCAGUUCAGAGGUCCAAUGUUGUGACUUCAGAAAAUUGCAACUCCAGAAGGGGAAGGGUCCCCGAGAUGUCUGCAGUCAGCUUCACCGUCUUUGCUGUCAGUGGCUGCAGCCAGAAAAACACACCAAGGCUCAGAUGCUGGACCUGGUGCUCCUGGAGCAGUUCCUGGCUGUCCUUCCCCCAGAGAUGGAGAAAUGGGUGCGGGAGUGUGGAGCGGAGACCAGUUCCCAGGCGGUGGCCCUGGCCGAAGGCUUCCUCCUGACCCAGGAGUCUGAGAAGAUGCAAGAAGAGUUGCAGUCCUUGCAAGCUAUCACCAAGUAUCCCCAGGGGUGGAAAGGUUCAUCGAAAUCCUCUCAAGAGCUGCUAUUCAGGGAGAUCUCCCCGGAAGGUCAAAGUCAGGACAUCGCACCAGAGAAUAGAAAGCUGUCCUUAGUAUUUUUAGAACGACCUUCUCUUUGUGAUAGAGCUGAAAGAGUGGCUGAACCUCUGCCUCAGGGUGGUGUGUCUUUUGAGGAAGUGGCCGUGCAUUUCUCCAAGGAGGAGUGGUCUCAACUGGAUCCUGCCCAAAAAGCUCUCCAUAGGGAAGUGAUGCUGGAGAAUUCUAGAAAUCUGGCCUCUCUGGGCUAUAAUGAGCAUGGGAAUAAGAAUUGUAAGGAACAAUGUCAACCAGUCGAUCCAAACGAGCAAAACAAAAAUUUUGCAAAUGAGAUGCAAACAAAGAUUGAUGAAACAAACCAAUCCCAAAGUGAAGUUGAAAAAAGCUUUCCUUCCGCCCAUCGUCUUCUUAGCCAUACAAUCAUCAAUACGAGAGAAAUACCAUAUCAAUGCAUGGAUUAUGAAAAGAGCUUUAAUAAACACGAGCAUUUAAUUCCCCAUAAAGAGACACAUUCAGAAGACAAACAAUAUACCUGCAUGGAAUUUGGAAAGACCUUCUGUUAUUAUGACUCUUUUACACUCCAUCAAAGGAAUCACAUAGAACGACCUUAUAAGUGCAUGGAUUGUGGAAAGGCCUUUAAUUGUAGCAGUCGUCUUAAUGUGCACAAGAGGAUACACACAGGAGAAAGACCUUAUAAAUGCAUGGAGUGUGGAAUGGCAUUUACUAAUCAUGGUUAUCUUAAUAUCCACAAGAGGGUCCACACAGGAGAGAAGCCAUAUAAAUGCAUGGAGUGUGGAAAGGCCUUUAAUAGUAGCAGUAACCUUAAUUCCCAUAGGGUGGUUCACACAGGAGAGAAGCCUUAUCAAUGCAUGGAGUGUGGAAAGAGCUUUAGUCAAAGAAGUAGUCUUAAUUCUCACAAGAGUAUCCACACAGGAGAGAAGCUUUAUCAAUGCAUGGAGUGUGGGAAGGCCUUUACUCGUAACAAUCGUCUUAUUACCCACAAGAGGAUCCACACAGGAGAAAGACCUUAUAAGUGCAUGGAAUGUGGAAAGGCCUUUUUUCAUAGCAGUUCUCUUAGUUCCCACAAGAAUGUCCACACAGGAGAGAAGAUUUAUCAAUGCAUGGAGUGUGGAAAGACUUUUACUCAUAACAGUUAUCUUAAUACCCACAAGAGGGUCCACACAGGAGAAAGACCUUAUAAAUGCAUGGAGUGUGGAAAGACCUUUACUCGUAGCAGUCGUCUUAAUUCCCAUAAAAGAACCCACACGAAGAGAUAUCCAUGUCUUGAAUGUGCAAAGAAUUUUAUGUGUUAUUGUGGUCUCACCUCCCAUAAAAGGAUCCACACAGGAGAGAAGCCAUAUAAAUGUAUGGAAUGUGGAAAAUGCUUUAAGAAUCAUGGUGAUCUGGCUUACCAUAAAAGAAGUCAUAUAGGGGAUAAACCAUAUGAAUGCAUGGAGUGUGGAAAGAGCUUUCCAAGAAGGUACACUCUUAGUUUCCAUAGAAAUAUCCUCGAAUAAAGUUAGGACAAUCACUGCAGGAAUUGUUGGUAGAGAUCUGCCACAUUGGGAUGUGCUGCAAUCCACUAGGGAAUUACUACUACCUUGGGUUUGGGAAUCUCACUCCAUCUUGAAAUUAUUUACUCAAAAGAGAGCUCCUCAAUAUGCUGUCAGAUCUUUGAGGUAAGCCAGACAGGAAUCAUGGCCAGACAGGCUAACUCUAUUGUAAGGCUAUUUGUACUACUACUAUUCAUACUCUGUUGUAAGGCUUUAUGAAUAGAAUUGUGCAAGUCUGAAAGUACAGAUCUGCUAUUGCUUAAAGUUGCUUCUAACUUUGAGAUUGAGGGCAUGUGCACUGAACAAAUAACUAAUAAAUAAGAAUCUGAUAUAUCAAUCGACAUUAUUUUUAAGAUUCCUUCCCUGCCAGUUAUGCAGCUGCAUACUCCUCCACCUUUUAAUUAAUAUUUCCCUGAGUAGCAUGUUUUCCCUUUUCCCUCAAAGUGAUUCCCACAAACCUUUAGAAGUUGCUAGUGCUGUGGAAAGAUCCAUACAUUUAAAUGUAUUAGCUGUGUCCAAAGGCAGUAACUGUCAAGGAAGAUUCUUGAGAGGAAAAUGAUUGACUGGCCAAGCAUUCAAGAAGAAGCUAGAUGAAUCAUACACAGAUUUUAUAGAACUACAUGACAUACUGAAUACAUAUGGGAGAAUAUUUAUAGCUCAGUGAGAU